GAAUAAACAAAAUGUGAUCCCAAAAUUCUCCUCACUACUGGCCUAUUCUGACACAUCAGACUGAGGUGAGCUAUUUUUAGCCUUCGUGUCUUGUUUCUCGAUCCCCUACGCUGUAAGUUGCUGGGAUUCCACUGGUUUCUUACUCCCCAACUGUUGUAUUUUUAACCUGUUGGAAAACAACACCACGGGAUUUGCGUGUAGUGCUAGUUUUCACCUGCUGUUUGGAGGCAUUUAUACUGGACUGUGUUUGCACUUUGCUCGACUGAUUCUGUUUAAUUUGGGUGAUAGUGUUUUCCUUGGACUUAUUGAUAAAAGUGUGCUUUUGAGAUGGACUAUCAGCCCGACUAAACUCCGAAAAUGAACUCAACAGAGCCGGCUUAUCCCCUUUGAUCGAUUCUCAACAAUGGACCGUGACCCUAAAGGCCAGCAGGUGAUGUCCCUGAGACUGUCCAGAGUUCUGAGGGACAUUGGCGUUACGAGACAGAAUGUGGCUCGGAGGAGGAAGACAUACUUAAUACAUGAGAAGAUGGACAAUGCUAUCGACAUCAUCACCAAUCAUGGUCUGAAGAAAAUGUUUGUCUUCGGUAGCCAAUCGGAAGGGACAACGACUCUAGGCAUGAAAUCAGAUACAGAUUGUUUGAAUUGUUUAAAUGAUUUCAGUGUGAUAACAGACUGGGCAGACUGGGAGCCAGGGAAGGGGUGUCUUCUGAUGAUAAAGAACGAUCGUUCUCCGCCCCAGCACUGCUGUUUACAGAUUGUGAAACGUGACUGUCCACUGCCUGAAACACUGGACAAUGUGAAAGCAAAAUGGGAUGUCGAAGAGACAAUGGAUGGAAGGGUGCUGUUGAAAAACACUUGGAUUGAUAGUUGGAUAGAGCAGUGCUUUGGUCGGUUAUUUAGGAAACAAGGGCCAUCAAGAAGUGCUCACAAAGAUCUAGACUUCAUCAUCGCGUUUAGAUACAAUGGACCGCUGUUUGAAUGCAAUUUCCUAUUCACAAGACCAAAGCCCGGUCACUGGCCGAGACAUGAAACACUCGCAAAGGCACGUCAGUGUGAAACAUUCCUCGUCCCACAAGGUCACGCCGAGAGUGAUCAGUCAAAACUGGAAUGGAGAUUCUCUACGUCACUGAUUGAAAGACUGCUCAUGUUUGAUCUCAAUAUUUUGAAAAUACAGGUUUACACAUUUCUAAAAAUUUUACGAAAGUCUUUUUUCAAACCGUUAGUUGGUGAUAGACUUAGCACGUUUCAUUUUAAAACCGCUUUAUUGUUCACCCUUGAGACAUAUCCUCCAGAAAUCUGGCAGGAACGUAACCUGCUGCAGUGCGUUAUAUUCUGCCUGAAAACUAUUCAACGAUGGUUCAACCUUCGACACUGUCCACAUUACACGAUCUCGGGAGUGGACCUGUUCGUGGGAAAACUGAGAAAAUGGGAGUUUCCUCUCCUGUCAACCGUUCUGUCUGACAUGAUAGACAACAUCAUGGACUAUGUCACCCAGAUAGAAAUGGAUCAGAUUGGGGAGAGGAUCGUUGACAGACCAAGAACAUUCAGUACAAGACUUCAGAACACAUUGGCUACAGUGGAGGGAUGCUUUUAUACAUAUAUAAUACAAAUAUUCCGUUUCGACACGAUGACUGAAAGUAACAUUUCCGAAACAAAGAACAAAAUCAUAAAAGUUCAGGAAAUUCUAAAUGAAUCGGAUAUAUGGGCAGAAUUACAACAUGCAGUGAAGUUUCUUUAUCAAUACCUUGCCACCAUGGCGGCAUCUACGUGUCUUCGCUCGAACCAACCAAUACCACCAGUCAUUUACCGUCUCUACGAGGCCUCCCUGGACUCUGACCUCACUUCUAGCAGAUUAAAGUUGGCAUCCAUGUUGUACUGCAGUGGUCAGUAUGAGGAGGCUAAACUGGUGUUGACCUACACCGAGAGUCAGCUGCAUGUUGAUGUGUGUCAGGUGUGUCCGUGUGCGGGAAGGGCAACUCAUUUGAAAACUGAGACGUUUCUACAAAAGGUUUAUGAGCUUCCUGUUUUGGAAGUGCUUAAACGGCAUGUUGCAUGCAGCGUUGCUUUUAAUUCAUUAGAAAUAUGUUGUGUACCUGCGUUCCUUGUAUACGAGAUGCAUAGAGUGAUUCGUCCUGAUGAUUUUUAUCACAGACAUCCAAUAAAUGAUUAUUGGAUGGACCUUGUUAUCAUUGACUCCAAACCAUUUAUGUUCUACCUGCAGUACCUCACAUUCAGACAAAUUGGAGAAGAAGAGAGAAGACUGGAAGUCCUAGACAAGUUACAUAACUAUGUUUGUGUUGAGAGUCGAGGGCGUGGACAUAUGGAGACAGCCCUCAAUGUACUUGGUCAAUGCUAUGAACUAGAGAACCAAUAUGAUAUGGCACGGACAUGUUACAGAAAAUCCCUCGAGCUCUUUCCUUACAACAACGCAGCCAGAUGGCAUAUCAAUAGACUCCUUCAGCGAGCAUGAGGAAUACCAUAAUAUCAGAAGCGUAUCGCCCUUACAUGGCCGCUUCGAUAUUCCAAUAAGCAUUUUUAAGUGGGUGAUAUAUCUAUAACAUUUUGAGAAGUGUCUGAAUUAAACCAUAUGACAUUUCGACAAGAGUAUGAAGCAAUGCAGGCUACAUGCGUGCAUGUGGUGACGUAGUAACAAUAAAACGAACUUCAAGUUGUUUCAUCGAUAACAAUUAUUUUUUCGGACAGUACAUCUAUAGUCGAAAAGAUAUAAAGAGAACGUCUCCGUCAUCGGUUGCAUUGCUUUUUUAUAUAGAGUUUCUAUGUCUAGAACAAUAAAACAUUCGAGUGAAACUACCUGUAUUCAUAGUUACAAAUAAAAUGUAAAUGAACGAAAUUCUCAAUGCAAUUAAGAUAACAACGCUUUAUUCUGUCUCUGACUGUAAAAAAUGUAUGUUGGUUUAAACAUAUUGUAUUCAAUAUAUGUAUCAAUAUCAGCUUGCAACAGUGUUUGAGAUACGAUUAUGUAAAUGAUGUAUUGUAA